UGAUUCUAGCAUUUCUCCAUCAUUUUGGUCUAGUUGCUAGCUUUACUCUCGCCAUGCCAUAGGGAACUCACAUUCUUCUACAUCGAGAACUCCCGUCUUUAUGCCUGAGUAGUCAGCGCUUGACCUCGUAGGCCUUAGUUAUCAUUUUUCGUGAAGCUCUUGCGUCGAGACUGCAAGCAGCCAUGCCUGGCACCGUGCGAAUCACAGUUUUGGAGGUCGUUGAUCUUCCCGGCCCAUCAGGGAAGAAAUAUGCUGUCCAAGUCGCUGUCGGUGCUCGAGCAUUUUCCACGGAUGAGCAAUCGUCGACGUCCUCAGGAGGAUCAGGAACGUCGUCUAUCAAGGCUUUCAACUCCGACUUCGCUUUUGCCGUGCUCAACCUCACCGAUCCUGUGGUCUUCACGCUCCUUGACGCCCGUGGAGUAGCUGUUGGCAAAGCCUCUCUGUCCGUACCUUCGGUAGUCGAAAAGGGAAUUCGCGAUGACAUGCUUCCGUGGAGCAACGGAGGCCAGGUUCACGUCAAGUCCAGCUUCAUGCUCAGUGACGAGGAGCGGGCCAAGAUUGCGGCAAUGCGUGCGAGGUCAAUGAGCAAGCAGCGCAAGGAUGGCAGCAGCAGCAGCGGCACUGUGACUCCCCUUGCCAGUGGCACCGUGACUCCCCGCACUGUCAGCGCAGUGCUGGCCUCUCCCGCCGCUGCAGCAGCAGAAUCGGAGGCCUCAACAGCUACCGAAAUGGCAGCAACCAGCACCACAGAGGCGACUACUGCUACCACUGCCUCCACAACGACGACGACCACCACCGUCACCACCAGCACAAUCGCAACCACAGAGACAGCUGCAAUCGAUCCUGUCACGUCAUAUACAGCAACCAGCGCUGCUGCAGCUGCUGCUUCCCUCAAGGAAGCUGUGGCUGUGGCGGCAGCGCCUGUUGAUAUGUCAAACGUGAUGACGGUGUUCGAUGGCAGCGAUGACGAGUCUGGUUAUACCGAAUCGUCUCUUGAAGAGUCUGUUAGUGCUGCAGUUGCCCCAGCACCUGCCACUGCAGCUGCUGUCCCUGCUGCUCCCGUUCCUACUGCUGCCCCUGAUUCCGUCCCUCAAGCUGCAGCUGCAGCCUCCGCUGCUCCGCCUUCUCCUGCUGCUCCGGAGGUUCAGGAUGCUGAUUCGAUUGCACCAGCAGCGGUGGAGGUGGUUAAGGAGGCGCAGAAGGUUGUUCAGGUCGCAUCAACGCAGCAGACCAGCGAAGCGACAACCAUGACAUCAGCAAAGCUUGCUUCAGUCUCAGUCUCAGCCAAGGCGGCAGCAGGAUCUGCAGGCGCCUCUGUGCAGGCGGCUAUGAGCAGCGCGACAGGCAGGGCGAGCGAGCAGUCCAGUGUGCGCGGUGGCGGUGGCAGUGGCGGCGGCGGUGGCGGUGGCGGUGGCAGUGGGGCUAUUAACAGUGGUCUUGGCGGAAGCCGCAGCAGGCAGCCAGCCAUGGCGGACAGUGAGGGAGCAGAGAGCAGUUGGGAGACUGGGGAGGAGGCGGAGAGCGAGGAAGGGUCGUCAGCUUCAGGCACGACGGACACGCAGAGGGAAGAGCGGCGGGUGGCUAGGAGGGGCAGGGGAGCAAGUGGAAACGGGGGGAAUCGCAGCGGAGGGCUGUUGAGGCAGGUGCAGCGGUUUGGAGAUGGGUUGACACCGGUGAUGAAGCAGGUGCUGGGCACGGGGGCUUUCAUGCUGGCCAUGGUGGCUCUCUGGCCGCGCUCGCCAAAGCAGAGCCGCGUCCAGCUGGAAACUGAUGGCGAUGGGAAGGUGUGGGUGGUGAGGCCUGGUGAAACUCUCAGCUCCAUCCUCCCUCGUGAAGUUUACUGCAAUCCCAGCUCGGACUUUUUCAAACUCAACCCAGAUGUGUGUGACGUCAACAGAAUCUACUCCGGCCAGCGCCUUGUGCUCCCAUAGUGCCUCCAUGCUCACUCAAGUGGCCUCGCGAUUAUCACCCCCAUGCUCCUGUAACCUUGCACUGAUCACCCCCUGUGCCCGUCGGCCCUCGCUUGCCACACUCGUGCCCUUGUAGCCCCACACCUAUCGCCCUGCGCACUGCCACGUAUCCCCUCAAGCUUCGCGGCUGCUUCACGUAUACUCUCGUCUCAACCCCAGCGAUCGACUCGACGUGUGACAACCAAAUGUCGGUGCCAACUCAUGUUCCUGAGCGUGGUUGGUUGGUCGGCUCCGCGUCACAAGACGCCCCACUCUCAUGCCAUCAGUUCCAUCCAUGUAUUUCACCACCAGGAUUGACCGACCUGACCCCACUGUAUUGCCUUCCAUGGACUCGAAGUUGCCUUUUACAGCUAGGUAGGUCCCCUUCUUCCUCUACAACAGUACUUGUGUUUCUGCAGUCCUGCCUAGGCUGUCAUCUGUGCAUCAAGGUUAGCAAGGAAAGGGUUGUUCAUGAAUACCAGCGCAGGGAGGCAGUGCCAAGCCAAUGUACACUUGUAGCACAUGCACGGUGGUGUACACUGUAUGGCUUUUUAUAUUACCGGUACCCAUUGUC